UUCAUAUACAUACUCUGUGUGCUAAUUAUGCUUUUUUAAUUGUUCAUAUAACUGACAGUUGGUGUAUGUGCUUAAUAUGUAUUAAUCGUAUUAGUCUCAAUUAAAUAUUGCAAAAUGUCCUUCUGUGCAAAACUUGGAGUAAACCUUGAAAACAUUUAUUCAGAUAAUCCUCCUUUCAUAAGGAACUUAACCAAUGGAUCUGUUUUAGAAAUAUUCAAUCAUGGAAAAUCAAUUAAUGUAGAAAUUAAGAAAAUUGUAGCCAUACUUGGAAAAGUGACAAAAUGUCAAGAUAUUAAUACUGAGGCAACAACUUCAAAACUAUACAGACUUGUUACUUCUGACAAAUCAAAAAGAGGUGUUCAGAGGGAAUCAUUCCGAGAACAGAAUUUCACCAUUCCAGUUUCGACUGCAACUUCACAAACUCGGCCAGAAAAAGAUGUUGCUACUCCAAAGGACAACACAUUGGAAAUUAAGCUUGCUGAAAGGAGAGAAAAGGUGAAGUAUUUAACAGAAAAAACUAAACAAUUAAAAAGAAAACUACAAAGGAGAGAUGAAGCUGUGAAAGUAGAAAAAGAAAAAAUACAGAAGUUAGAUGUAUUUGUAGACAAAGGAAUUCAACUAAACAAAAUGAAAGUUCAGAAGGAAAGAUUGGAGAAAUUAUUUGAAAAAUCUCAAACAAGAUCUAAACACCAAUCAUCCUCACUUAUUGACUCAAAUAGGAAAAUAAAAUCCCUACAAAAGAGAGUUGAAAGUACUGAAAUCAGGUUGAAGACAAUAGAAAAGCAAAAGAGCAACCUCGAAAGAGAAAAUAUGCAACUUAAGGAAGAGAAAAACAAGUUAACAGCACAUGAAAGGGAUUUAGAAAUAAGCAAUGAUUAUUUACAAGCACUCUUGAAAGAUGAAGGAGAGUUAAUUGUGUAUAAUGAGGAAACAAAUGUUUUUUCAAAUGAACUUGUGGAAUGUGCUAUGAAUCUUACUGAUAUGAAAGUUGCCGCAAAGAAUGUAGGCCCAGUCAUAAAAGAAGUUGCUUCCCUAUGUGGUAAAGAGCCAAAUCGGUUACCGUCGCGACAAACUGUAGAUUCCUUUAAUGAUCGUAAAGUUGCAGUUUCCCAAAAACAAUUAAGUAAAGUGUUGCCUUCAUCAAAAGACACAACAUUAUAUACUGAUGAAACAAGGAAGUUUGGUCACACUUUUCAGUCUUACAUAGUAACGGAUGAAGAAGAUAACUCAUACUUACUUGGUCUGAGAGAGAUGCAGAAUAAAAGUGCAAAAUGUACAUUAGACACUCUAAAGGAAAUAUUAAGCGAUAUAUCAAAUAUCUGCAAACGCCACGAAGACAAC